AUGGCCUUUACUUGGUCCAAAACCAUUUAUAUGGGAUUGGACCCCAUUUUCCUAACAGAGCUUUCGAUUAGCAUAAUAAUAUUUAGCACCAUAGCAUCAUCCAAGAAAUCUAGAGUCUCGAAGAUAAAGACUGCAGACAAUGAAAUAUUUGAGGUUGAGGAGGCGGUGGCCACCAUGUCUAACACCAUCAAAAUCAUGGCUGGAGACUGCUCAGGUGGGGUGAUUCCACUUAACAACGUUCACAGCACAAUCUUUGCUAGAGUGAUUGAGUGGUGCAAGAAACAUGUUGACGAUGGUGAAGACUUGGAGUACUACAAGGGAGCACUCAAGAAUUGCGAUGCUACGUUCUUUGAAGUUGAUCAAGCUGUUCUUUAUCAUCUUCUCACGACUGCAAACUCUCUUGAUAUUAAGCCUUUGCUCCAUCAAGGAUGUCAAAGGUUUGUUGACAUGAUUAAUGGGAAAACCGUAGAGGAAAUUCGUCAACUUCUUCAUAUCAAGAAUGAUUUUACUAAUGAAGAAGAAGAUGAAACUCGUAAGAAGCUUUGGUCUUCAGUUGUGGGCAUGAAUUCUUUUAUCCUUCUUUAG